CACACGCCACCACCUCGAAUUUUGGAACACACACUCCCUCAGACCCCCGCGCGCCACACACGUACUCCUUUUUCUCUCUCUCUCUGUUUCACAUUCAUUCAUUCAGUGAGGCUUUCAUGCUUUGAGAAGCCACAUGAACUCCACUGACGCCAACAGCCACCAAUCAUCAAUGGGUACGGCGUCGACGCCGUCCUCAGACGGGUCAGGGAAGAAGGUCCGGAAGCCAUACACCAUCACCAAGUCCAGAGAAAGCUGGACCGACGAGGAGCACGACAAGUUCCUUGAAGCUCUUCAACUGUUUGAUCGAGACUGGAAGAAAAUCGAAGAUUUUGUGGGUUCGAAAACCGUUAUUCAGAUUCGAAGUCAUGCCCAGAAGUACUUCUUGAAAGUUCAAAGGAGCGAGACAACAGCACACGUGCCUCCUCCGCGGCCAAAGCGCAAGGCUGCUUAUCCUUACCCGCAGAAGGCCUCAAAAAAUGUUUUACUUCCGUUGCACGCAUCCGUUGCUUAUCCUUCUUCAAUGAAUGCCAUUUCAUCUACGUAUUCUCCUUGGGAUGAAAAUUCCAUUUUGAUAAACCCUCCAUCGGACCAAAUUCUGUUGUCACAAGAAGAAUUUACUAAUCUUCACGGACCUGAAGCUGAUAUUGGAUCAAAGGGGUUAUCAAGGAUUAACACAUGCAGUCUUAAUGGCCCCCUGCCAAGUUCCGAGAUACCGAAUCAAGGGAAACAAGCUCUUGGGCGUCAUGGUCUUCCUGAUUUUUCCCAAGUUUAUGGCUUCAUCGGGAGUGUUUUUGAUCCAGACACAAAAGGUCACGCUCAGAAACUCAGGGAAAUGGAUCCCAUUAAUUUAGAAACUGUUCUGUUGUUAACGAGGAAUCUCAUCAUCAACUUGUCCAGUCCGGGCUUUGAGCCAAUGAGGAAGGUCCUGGUAUCAUAUGAUGUCAAUACGAAAACAGUAGAUGCAGGAAUUGUCCCCACGAAGCUGAGUAACGGUCUGUCAUGUUGAACUUCUUCGUACUUACACCCGCUGACUGGUGUGUGUUUUGGAGCAAAACUGUAGUGUUUCAAGAACAGCAAAUGCCAACUCCGACGUUAGGAAUGUAGUUCUGCAGCCACAAUGCCAACAGCGUUACAGGAUGCUGAAUGGAAGAAACAUUUGAAUUGGUUUUCAAGCUGCGCAAAGGAUCUAAAUUGUCUGGUGGCCUCAAUGGAUGAUUUAUUCGUAACCCGGAUUUUGUCCAGACCUUCCAGACAAGUAUAUGUACAUCCUGUAACAUUUGCUUAGUUUAGUUUUCUCCUCCUUCUUUCUCUCUUUUAUUAACAUUUUCUGUUAAGGAAACAAAUUUAGGUUUGCAUCUUGUGCCACCAAACAAAUCUAACUACCAGAACGGAGAAUUCGAAUUCUUAUAGCAAACCUAGAAAAAAUGUCUUGAGCUGUAUUUCGUAUAGGUUACUUCCUGCACUUCAUGUAAUUGUCAAUUUGGGGUUAGUUGUAUCAAAGUUACAAGGGAAAGGCUUUUUUCUGCGA